UCUUCUGAAUUGAGGCCCGAGCGAAGAAAGAUGUCGAUGGCGUCGCAGCAGCACAUGGAGAAGAUGCAGCUCCGCCAGAACUACCGCAACUUCUGGCACACCGAUCUCACCAACACCAUUAAAGCCGACACUCCCUAUUGCUGCUUUGCGCUUUGGUGUGGUCCAUGUGUCUCAUACCUGCUCCGCAAGCGAGCUCUUUACGAUGAUAUGUCAAGGUACGUUUGCUGUGCGGGUUACAUGCCCUGCAGCGGUCGGUGUGGAGAAAGUAAAUGCCCAGAAUUUUGCCUUGCCACUGAGGUUUUCUGUUGCUUCGGAAAUUCUGUUGCCUCAACCCGUUUUCUGCUGCAAGAUGAGUUCAACAUACAGACCACGCAGUGUGAUAAUUGCAUUAUUGGUUUCAUGUUCUGCCUUCAACAAGUUGCAUGCAUAUUUUCCAUCAUUGCCAUGAUUGUUGGAAGUUCAGAACUUCAAGAGGCCUCUCAGUUACUGUCUUGUUUGUCCGAUAUGGUCUAUUGCACGGUGUGUGCAUGCAUGCAGACACAGCACAAGGUCGAAAUGGACAAAAGAGACGGUGUGUUUGGGCCACCGGCGAUGGCAGUCCCUCCUUUCCAGCAGAUGUCACGCCUUGAUCAGCCAUAUCCUUCCUCAGUUGGAUAUGGACAACCGGCAUAUGGUCAGCCCUAUCCUCAGGCUCAAGGCUAUCCUCAACCUGGUUAUCCCUCCUCUGGUUAUAGGUGAUCCUUGCGCUGGUAUGUCUUGAUUGUGAGCAAAACCAUGUUGAUGGUACCCAUAUACCUAUCAUUCAAUAAUUGAAACAGACACUUCUGUCUUAAAUUGUUUCCGCAAGAUGGUGGAGCAAACUGAUUUGUGUGUGGUUAGGUUUUCUUAAUGUGGGUUGUUUUCCUUCCAAUAUUUUUGUCCAAUAUGAUGUAUUGCUUGUGGAUUUAUAUUUGGAGCUUAUCUAUGGAUUUGCAAAGUUUGGGUGGAAGAUUAUUCUGAA